CUUUUUUCUUCUCACUUUCAUCUUCCUGCUUCCUCUUUCCCUCCUCAUCCUCUCAUUCUCUCCUCCCCCCUUUAUCCUAAUACCUCGUGAGCUCUAAUUCGAUUCCUCCGUCUCUCUCCCCUCUUCCUUCUCUUCUUUUUCCCUGCUAGUCGGGCAAUUGGCGGGUGAACUGUCUCUUGUAAAUCCCUUCACUUUCGUGUACUAGUACGCAAAUCUGCUGUUUAGCUGGCCUUUUCUCCAUUGUCCUUUUAAUGUUGCCAACCUUUUCUCUAUAAUUCCUAUUUCCUUGCAUCCGGCUCUCCCUUCCUGCUCAUCAUCCCCCCCCCCCCUGUAAAUUUACCACAAUCACCAUCAUGGGUCUCGCCGGCAAUAUCCUCUACUAUUCUUUUCAUCCCUCGGAAUUGAGGUCAAUCAUUCAAUGGAAAAUAUGGCACAACCCUGUCCAUGAGCGAAAUGAGGAGAAAGAAACCGAAACACAGAAGAUUUGCUUCAAGUUUCUCGACCUCACAAGCCGAAGUUUCAGUGCAGUGAUCAAAGAGCUCCACCCAGAACUCCUUCUGCCGGUCUGUAUCUUCUACCUGGUGCUUCGCGGACUGGAUACGAUUGAGGAUGAUACCUCGAUUCCCCUUGAAACAAAGGAACCCCUAUUGCGUAACUUCAAGGACUUUCUUGAGCAAGAUGGCUGGACUUUUACCGGAAACCGCCCGGAAGAAAAAGAUCGUGAACUGCUGGUUCAGUUCCACAACAUCAUUACUGAGUUCAAGAACAUGAAGCCUGCCUACCAAGCCAUCGUAAAAGACAUUACGGAUAAAAUGGGCAAUGGAAUGGCUGACUAUGCACGCAAAGCCGCUUCGGAGGAUGCCGGCGUGAACACCGUAGAGGAAUAUGACCUCUACUGCUUCUACGUCGCUGGCUUGGUUGGAGAGGGUUUGACCCGCCUCUUUGUGGAGGCUGAGUUUGGCAACCCCGCGCUGCUGAAGCGUCCUCGUCUGCACAAGUCCAUGGGUCUCUUCCUCCAGAAGACCAACAUCAUUCGUGAUGUGCGUGAAGAUAAUGACGAUCAGCGACGAUUCUGGCCCAAAGAAAUUUGGUCCAACCACGUUGAUGACUUUGAUGAUCUCUUCAAGCCCGAGAAUCGUGAGGCAGCCCUUAACUGCGGCUCCGAAAUGGUUCUAAAUGCUCUGGAGCACGUCGAGGAGUGUCUAUUCUAUCUGGCUGGUCUCCGCGAACAGAGUGUGUUCAACUUUUGUGCUAUCCCCCAGGCCAUGGCUAUCGCCACCCUGGAGCUGUGUUUUCGAAACCCGGCCAUGUUUGAGCGGAAUAUCAAGAUCACAAAGGGAGAUGCUUGCCAGCUGAUGAUUGAAUCGACUCAGAACCUACGUGUCCUGUGUGAUGUUUUCCGCCGCUAUGUGCGUAAGAUUCACAAGAAGAACACCCCUAAGGAUCCCAACUUCCUCAAGAUUAGCAUUGUUUGCGGAAAGAUUGAAAAAUUCAUCGAGUCCAUCUUCCCGUCUCAGAAGGUGGAAGACGCUAAACGUCGCGUUGCAGGCGCUCUAACGGAUGCCGAGGCUGAGAAGGCCAAGCUGGAGGCGGAGACGCGCAAGGAUGUGUUCUUCAUGAUGGCGCUAAUGGCCGUCAUCGCGGUGAUUGUAUCCGUUCUCAUGAUUGGCACUGCUUGGUUAAUGGGUGCACGGUUUGACCUUGCAUGGCAAGAGAUCAAGAGCGGCAAUUUUCGCCCACCUAAAGCUGUGCAACAUGGAGAGCUAUAGCCCCCAAUCUCGACGGAUUUACGACCUUUUCUCAUCUUAUUGAUUAGCUAUACCCGAUGGCUUAUGUCUCAUGUCUUCCUUCGUGCUACAUAUACAGAUACUUAUUGUCUAAUAAUACUUACCAUUCUUCCACCA